GAAAUCUUAAGACAGCCCCCUAUACCCGACAAGUCCCCAACCGCCUUAUCUCUCUCUUUCUCUCCCCACUUGGUCUUUCUUGCACUAUAAAUUAGCCAUUUUUUAACACACACAAUUCGCACCACAAUUCUUUAACUAUGCAUUCUCCUACAGCAACUAAAGAACCCAUCAAUAUAAGUCUCUUGCAAAGCCAAGUUGCAUGACAGAACCCAAAAAAAAAAAAAAACAGUCGGUUCUUUCAAUGGCUCUAGUCACCUCUCCAGUAGCCAAAUCCAAACCCUACCCUUUCUUGCCUAUUCGCUUCUCGAAAGCAUUAAAAUUAUCUUCUUUAGUCCUAAAUCCUUCUGAUCAGAAAAAUCCAAAAUCCGUUCAUCUCAAAACCCACUGCAAACGAGAAAAUUCGAGUCUUUUUGCAUGUUCAAAGAAGAAUACCCGCAAUGCAGCUGCUCAGGCAAUAAGAGGUGAUGAUGGUUCUUUAUUUGAGUCAGAGGCAGAGGUAAAGAAUGGCAUGAUUGGUAGGAGAAUUCUGUUAUCGGAUGUGGUGGUGAAAAGGGAAAGGAAUGUGUUUUUGGGGAGGAAAUGGAAUUUACUAGACAUAGCUACGGCUGGUGUUGUAUUGGCAAUGCAUUUGCUUAGUUUGUUUGCUCCUUUUUAUUUCAAUUGGAGUGCUUUUUGGGUUGCUUUUGGACUCUAUGUUAUCACAGGACUUCUGGGUAUUACUCUUUCUUUUCAUAGAAAUCUUUCUCAUAGGAGUUUCAAGUUGCCAAAAUGGCUCGAGUACCUUUUUGCAUAUUGUGGAGUUCAAGCACUUCAGGGAAAUCCAAUUGAUUGGGUUAGCACGCAUAGGUAUCACCAUCAGUUUUGUGAUUCUGAGAGAGACCCUCAUAGCCCCAUUGAAGGGUUUUGGUACAGUCAUAUGAGUUGGCUAUUUGAUACCAAUUCUAUUAUUAAAAGGUGUGGAGAGCCGAACAAUGUUGGGGAUUUAGAGAAGCAACCCUUUUAUAAGUUUAUCCAACAAACAUACAUUCUGCAUCCAAUUGCCCUUGCAACUCUACUAUAUGCAGUAGGAGGGUUUCCUUUCCUAGUCUGGGGAAUGGGAGUGAGGAUUAUAUGGGUCUUCCACAUCACUUGGCUAGUAAACUCAGCUUGUCAUGUAUGGGGAAAGCAAGAAUGGAAUACUGGUGAUCUGUCCAGGAACAAUUGGUGGGUGGCACUGCUUGCAUUUGGAGAGGGUUGGCACAACAAUCACCAUGCCUUUGAAUACUCAGCUAGACAUGGCCUAGAAUGGUGGCAGAUCGACAUGACUUGGUAUGUUGUGAGGCUUCUUGAAGCUAUUGGAUUGGCAACUGAUGUGAAGGUACCAAAUGAGACACAAAAGCAAAAGAAGGCAUUCAACAAUUGAAGCAUAUAGCAAUUUUUUUGUUUGGAAAAAUAGGGUUUUGAAAAGGAGCAGCCUUGUUUAAGUCCUUGAUAUAAGAACUUGACCACAUCUUUGUGUUGCGGCUUUUUACAUGUGCAUUUAACCAUAGUGAUGCUGCUUCAUCAUAUCAUAUCAUAUAUACAAAUUUCAAUCUUCAUUCUUCCUUCU